AUGAAGGGUGGCAAAAGGAGGCGAGGUGUGAAAGGAACCGAUAGACUCAGUGAACUUCCAGACGGUAUUUUGCACCACAUUCUCUCCUUCCUGGACAGUGAAUUUGUUGUUCGAAGCAGCAUUUUGUCACGGAGGUGGAGAUGGGUCUGGAAAGAGGUUCUUGUCCUCAAUUUCUGCGGACACUCGUGUAAGGCUAAGCAUAAGCAGCAACAUUUCGAGCGGCAUGUAGACCAAAUUCUAUCUCGCCGGUCUGACAUGUUCGCAAGAUUAGCAUCUUCUUUGACAUUCAAGCGCACAUGA